AUGGGCAGGUACAGGAGGGCUUUCAAGCCCAUGUUUGAGUCCAACACAUGGAAAAUCGUGAAGGGUGACAAGGUGCAAAUCACCGCCGGUCGGGACAAGGGCCGCAUCGGCACCGUGAAGGAAGUCUUGCGCGAUCGGCAGUGGCCCCGUGUGGUCGUGGAGGGCGCCAACAUGGUCAAGCGGCACAUCAAGGCCACCAAAGAGACACCGGCGGGCAGCCUGAGCCUAGAGGGCCCCAUCCACUAUAGCAACGUUGCCCUGGUGGACCCCCAGACGCACGCCCCCGUGCGAGUGCGGUGGCGGUACACAGACCAGGGCGAGCGGGUCCGGCAGCUGUGUGGGGGCCUGGCCUCCGGCAGCAUCCUGCCCAAGCCGGGGUACACGCGGUCCCGACCGCGCCUGCCCUCAAAUAGUCCCCUGGACACCCCCUCCGCUGCGGCCCAGGAAGCCACACACAGGCCUGGCGACCUGCCCUCGUUCUUUGACAAGAUCCUGCCGGCCGAGGCCAUGGGUCGACGAGGCAUCCAAUUGGGCAGGAACACGUCACGAGGGUGGAGGGGCCGGGGCUUUGCCGCGAGUGCCCUGGGAGCAUGA